AUGGAGAGCUGCGCUUGCUUACACAGUAAGAGAAGGAUCGUUGACAUCAAACAGUCUGAUGACUACUGGAUAGCUAUGUUUUUAAACCCUCGCUAUCAAAGCAAAAUGACAGAAACACUGUUUUUGCUCAACCAAUAUAUAAGAAGAGUUCAUUUUACAACUUCUGGUGGAGAUUCCAUUCACCUUGAUGAGAAAGGAAAUUUUCCAGCAAGAUUUGAUCUGGUGAAUUACAAUGUGUACGCUAACAGUACUGUGGGGACACAAACGGUGGGACAUCUCCAUGAAGACAAUGGUCGUCUACAGUUGUCUAUAAAUGACAGUUCUAUAGUAUGGGAUCCACGAUUUUUGAUGACACCGCGCUCCACCUGUAGUGAGAGCUGUCUCCCCGGAUACUGGAAAGUCCCACUGGAAGGAAAACAGAAAUGCUGCUACUACUGUGUCCCCUGUGCAGAAGGCGAGAUCUCCAACCAGACUGAUAUGGAGAGAUGCUCGGAGUGUCCUGAAGACCAGUGGUCUAAUAAGAGAAGAGACGCCUGUAUCCCGCGACCACUUGACUUCCUGUCAUAUGAAGAUACCUUGGGAUUAUCUCUCAUUAUUAUCAAUCUCUUCUUCUUUUCUGUGACGGUCGUUGUGUUAGGGAUAUUUAUAAAGCACAAGAACACGUCAAUUGUGAAAGCUAAUAACAAGAACCUAAGCUACAUCCUGCUCCUGUCUCUGCUCUUCUCAUUUCUAUGUCCUCUCUUAUUCAUUGGACGUCCCACAAGGAUGUCAUGUCUACUACGACAGGUUACUUUUGGGAUUAUUUUUAGUCUUGCAGUUUCUUCUAUUUUAGCUAAAACAGUCACUGUAGUCCUGGCUUUUCGUGCCAUCCAACCAGGCAGGACACUGAGGCAGUGGCUGGGGAGACAUCUGUCCACAUUAUUACUUAUUACUGGUACAAUAGGAGAGGUUGUGAUCUGUGUCCUCUGGUUGUGUUUUUCUCCACCAUUCCCAGAUUAUAACACUGAGAUAGAGGUUGGAAAGAUAAUCUUACAAUGUAAUGAGGGAUCUGCCAAUGCUUUCUACUUGUCGAUGGGCUACAUUGGAAUCCUGUCCAUGUUGAGCUUUAUUGUAGCCUUUUUGGCCAGGAAACUUCCAGACAUCUUCAAUGAGGCUCAGUACAUCACCUUCAGCAUGCUGGUCUUCUGCAGUGUGUGGAUCUCCUUCAUCCCGGCCUACCUCAGCACCAAGGGGAAAUACAUGGUUGCUGUGGAGAUCUUCUCUAUCUCAUCUUCCAGUGCUGGACUUCUGGGCUGUAUCUUCAUUCCCAAAUGUUACAUUAUUUUAAUGAGACCAGAAAUUAACAUAAAGUCCAAUCUAAUUUUUAUACAACAAUAA